AGCCGCGUUAGUCGUUUCGUGCAUUCCUUUCUCUUUUUCUUUUGUCUGUGUAUUUUGUUUUCAUCCCCCGUUUCUUUUCUCAUUCGGAUCCAUCCACUCGCCUUGCGAAAGGUAGUCAGCACACUCCUGCCUCUGCACUCCGCACACCAGCCUCGCAGAACAUACUCCUCCACGUGUGCAACGAGCUUCUUCUUCCUCCCUCCUCUGGCUUCACCGCAAGAGCAGCCAUGAGCAGCUUCGGAAAGAUCGAAAUGCCGACGACGGCCGAGGAGGCGAAGGAGUUGGUGGCGAUGGUCCGUCAGCAGCCCGACAACCGCGUCUGCUUCGACUGUCCGCAGAAGAACCCGAGCUGGUGCAGCGUGACCUACGGCGUCUUCCUUUGCAUGGACUGCUGCGGCCGUCACCGUGGCAUGGGGGUGCACAUCACCUUCAUGAAGUCCGCCGAGUUGGACAGCUGGCGCCCACUGGAGGCCCUCCGCAUCGCCCUCGGCGGCAACGGCCGAGCAAAGCAGUUCCUGAAGCAGCACGGCAACGUCGAUCCCAGGUCCUUCUACACCUCGCCCGUCGCCGCGCUGUACAAGCGCGUCCUCGACAAGGCCGUGAACGACUUCCAGCAGAGUGGCCAAGUGCCUCCGGCGGCACCGGUGGUCAGCUGCACGCCAGCCUCGCCAAAGUCGUCCGCAGCGUCACCGCUCAGAGACUCCAGCAACGCGUCGCCGGUCCCAUCCUUUGGUCCGUCGCCUACAACAGCAGCGGCAGCGGCAACUGUCCCAUCGCCAUCGUCGUCUGCGAACUCCAGCUCCCGGGCUGAGGUCUCUUCGCAGGGAAGCCCGGUGGCAACGGUGCCCAUCGUGGCCAUCUCGUCGAAGCCCACGGGCCUCGGCACGAAGAAGCUGGGCGGCGGUGCUGGUGCGACGAAGGCGAAGAAGAAAGGCUUCGGCGGCAUCGCCCGCGUGGAGGAAGGCACGAUCGCCGAGUCCACGCAGCCCGUCUCGGCCGAUCUCCUAUACGACCGCGAGGCGGAGCAGCGCAAGGCGGCUGAGGAGGAGAAGGAGCGGCAGCGGCAGGCCGAUCUGGCCGCUGCGGCGAGUCGUGCAGUGGACCCAAGCAAUCUCGGCGGGCGACGCAGCAGCAGCAGCCAGGGCACGGCCACCGGUACGAGCACGCCACAGCCGCAGCGGCAGACGGCGUUUAUCAGCAAGAGCGCGGAGAACGUGACGGGCGAUUUGUUUGACGAAACGGCGCGCGCGCCUGCACCGGCACCGUACUCGCCCAGCACGACGGCGUCGCCCUACUCAGGCAUCGGCACGGCGAGCAACGCCUCUCGCGCAGCUGCGGUGCCCGCCAAGUCGCCCUCCAUAUCGGCACCCGCAGGUGCGACGGCCUCGUCGACGGCUGGUCCACCGCGCGCCGGGCCGGACUUCCGCGGUCUUGGCAAUCAGGCGUACGUGCCAGAAGGUCCCUCCGGUGCUGGCAACAGCAACGGUGGUGGCAGCAACUACCGGUCGGCGGCAAAUGACGCCGUGUGGAACAUGUCGGAGAUGGCGCACAACCUGCAGCAGAGUGCCGCCGCGGCCACCGAGUCGUGGGGAACAGCCGUGAAGAACUUCUUGGACGACCUAUAA